CUUUGCUGAGGAAUUGCGUCACUACGCAAUGUCACCCAGUAUAAAACGCCCCCUCAGCAAGACGGUUGUCUAUUGUUCUAACACAACACCAGCGUGAACCUGCGUGUGGGAGCCGAACUCAAUCCUGCAGCCUCGGAGAGUAACCUACAACCAUGGGAGAUAAACCCGACGUCAGUGGAGUCGCCGCGUUUGACAAGAGCAAGUUGAAGAAGACCGAAACCUCAGAAAAGAAUACCUUGCCGACUAAAGAGACUAUAGAGCAGGAGAAGAGCGGUUAAAGACGAUGCACAGCGUGCCUCUCGGAAGCUCUUUUGUUCCGUGCAUCGUGUACCACCCGAACACACCCAUGGAUACAAGGACAAUCGCCAAGCUUCACCAGCUGACUACAUCGCUUCACGGUCUUCGUGGUUUGACAAUGCUUCCGAGUUGUACAAAUAUUCGAAUGCACAAAUAAAGUAAUGAAUGCAA